GGCGCUGGCCAGGCACUUCCGGCGCGGCGUCUGCUUGCGGCUCGGCGCCCGCUUCUGGCGCGGGGGCUCUGGGCGCGGGGCGGCCUCGUUCUCCGGGUUCCGUUCUUCGGCCCUUGCCGCCAUGGGCAAGAAGCACAAGAAGCACAAGGCCGAGUGGCGCUCGUCGUACGAGGAUUACGCGGACAAGCCCCUGGAGAAGCCUCUGAAGCUGGUCCUCAAGGUUGGAGGAAGCGAGGUGACCGAACUCUCGGGGUCAGGCCACGACUCUAGUUACUACGACGACCGGUCAGACCACGAGCGAGAGAGGCACAAAGAAAAGAAGAAGAAAAAGAAGAAGAAGUCAGAGAAGGAGAAGCAUCUGGAUGAUGAGGAGAGGAGGAAGCGGAAGGAGGAGCGGAAGCGGAAGCGGGACAAGGAGCCUUGCGACUCAGAGGGCGAGACCGGCGACUUCGAUCCAGGGAAGAAGGUGGAGGUGGAGCCGCCCCCUGACCGGCCCAUCCGAGCAUGCCGGACACAGUCAGCUGAUCUGUGGGGGCCAGAGCUGUGUCUGGUUUGCCUUUGUGCCCAGUCCUUGCUGGAAGCUAAGCCACUGCGAACCUGGAACAGAGAAACGCAUACUAUGAGAUCGGAGCUCUCCAGUGCAGUGACUCCAAAGCCUUGCUAUUCAGCUUUACUUUUUUACUUUGAAUUGUCAGCUGAGAACGAAAGCACGCCUAUUCAGCAACUCCUGGAGCAUUUCCUCCGCCAGCUCCAGAGGAAAGACCCCCAUGGAUUCUUUGCUUUUCCUGUGACGGAUGCAAUUGCCCCUGGGUACUCGAUGAUAAUAAAACAUCCAAUGGAUUUUGGGACAAUGAAAGACAAAAUUGUGGCUAAUGAGUACAAGUCUGUCACUGAAUUUAAGGCAGAUUUCAAACUGAUGUGUGACAAUGCAAUGACAUAUAACAGACCAGACACCGUGUACUAUAAGUUGGCCAAGAAGAUCCUUCACGCAGGAUUCAAGAUGAUGAGCAAAGAGCGGCUAUUCGCUUUGAAGCGCAGCAUGUCGUUUAUGCAGGACGUGGAUUUCUCUCAGCAGGCAGCGCUUCUGGGCAAUGAAGACACGGCUGUUGAGGAGCCAAUUCCCGAGGCUGCACCCGUCCAAGUAGAGACGGCCAGGAAGUGCAAAAGGCCGAGCAGGGAAGCCAUCAGCUGCAUGUUUGAGCCGGAAGGAAAUGCUUGCAGCCUGACCGACAGCACAGCAGAAGAGCACGUGCUGGCCCUGGUGGAGCACGCGGCCGAUGAGGCUCGGGACAGAAUCAGCCGGCUCCUCCCAGGCGGCAAGAUGGGCUACCUGAAGAAGAACGGUGAUGGAAGCCUGCUCUACAGCGUGGUCAACUCAGCCGAGCUGGAUGCUGAUGAGGAGGAGACCCACCCGGUGGACCUGAGCUCACUCUCCAGCAAGCUGCUCCCUGGCUUCACCACACUGGGCUUCAAGGAGGAGAGGAGGGGCAAAGUCACGUUUCUUUCGAGCGCUAGCUCCGCCCUUUCCACGCACACACAUUCAGUGUUUGGCGACUUGAAAUCAGAUGAAGCAGAGCUGCUCUACUCUGCCUACGGAGACGAGACGGGCGUGCAGUGUGCGCUGAGCCUGCAGGAGUUUGUGAAGGAUGCUGGGAGCUACAGCAAGAAGAUGGUGGAUGACCUCUUGGACCAGAUCACAGGCGGGGACCACUCGCGGACGCUCAUCCAGCUGAGGCAGAGGAGAAAUGUUCCAGCGAAGCCUCCAGAUGAAGUGAGGGCUGGGGACUCACUCGGUGACGGCAGCUCUGUGCUGGAUUUCAUGUCUGUGAAGUCGUAUUCGGACGUCUCUCUGGACAUCUCCAUGCUUGGGUCUCUGGGGAAGGUGAAGAAGGAGCUGGACCCUGACGAUAGCCACCUGACCCUGGAUGAGACGGCCAGGCUCCUGCAGGACCUGCACGAGGCGCAGACGGAGCGUGGGGGCUCCCGGCCACCCUCCAACCUCAGCUCCCUGUCCAACCCCUCCCCCUCCGACAGGGAGCAACGCCACCUGGGAAGCCCUUCUCGCCUCAGUGUUGGUGAGCAGCCCGAGGUGACCCACGACCCUUAUGAAUUUCUUCAGUCCCCAGAACCUGCAGCCUCUGCAAAGAGCUAGCCUAACGGAGCAUCUUCAACUUUUUUUAUAUUUUUUUAUUUGCAUGUAUAGUCUUUGUUGUGAGAGACUUUCAUUUUGUUCCCUCUGCCAUGUGGGAGGCAGCCCUGGGGAUGGGGUGCCUCGUCUGCAAUCACGUCAGCCACAGUGCAGUGUUUCUGUAGCAGCUGCGGUCCUGAACAGUAGAGAACAUAGAUAAAGGCGUGUGACCAGACAGUGUGGGCUGCUGUGGUCUCCCAGCACCCUUCCCUAGCCACCCUGGGGAGGCAGAAGAGGGUGUGUCUGUCCGCCUUCUGUUGGGAGCCCCGCCUGUCCCUGGGGCCUCCCAGGUCCCGGGCAUGUCAUGAUGAAGAGUGUUCUGGUGUGGUGAGCAGCUGACAUGCCCUCUGGCCUGGGGCCAGCUGGCAGUUAGAACAGUGUCCCCUCCUCUAAACCUCGAAAGGCCCGAGUUCUGGUAGAGACAGUAAGCUGCCCCCUGGCUGUGGUGAGAAACUGCCUGCCCGAGGACAUGUCCUGGACACCCGUUCACAUUUGAAGAACACAGCACAGAUCUUGACAAAAGGCACACACGGUCCUGUGAGACGCCCACUUCUGAGUGACUGAAGGAAAAUCCUUUCCCAGAAGAUGGGGGUGGUUCCUCCUGCUGUCGUCUCCCAUCUUCUCAGCAUCUAGACCUGUUCUCCACCCGCUGCGAGGCCUACGGUCACCCACCGAGCUGCCUGCUGUGCCCCUCAGUGUGAGAGCAGAAUGGAAUCCACUACCUCGGGGGCAGGGUCAGUCCUGAGGGAGGAGGUAUGCCUGCCUGGGACGGUGGGCCUGCUGGCCACCGACUGCCCGGGAUGCAGGCCGGCCCCAGCACUGUCUGGAUUGGAGAAAGGUCCCAGCACCCGUGGGAGGCGAUGUGUGUCCGGCGUAAGAAGAAAAGAGUUUGUCAGCUGGGUGUCAGCGAAGGAGCAGACACCCAGGGGCAGGCCCAGGAGCUCGGACCCACUGCAGCUGGCCCUCUGCUGGCCCCAUGCCCAUGAGCGCCCACAUCUGUGCCACCCCGCAUCCAUGGGCAUCCCAGGUGGUGCGGCGGUAGAAUCUGCACUUCUAGGCUUGGGUUGGGGGUGGGUGCUGCACUCGCCCAGCCCUGGUUCUGGAUGGGUCUCGAGGGUGUGGGUGCUGCGGUCACCAUCCGGGAGCCUUUCCCACUUCCCGGCCCACGGCCUGAGUCCAUGUCCAUGCCGACGUGGGCACAGUGCACAAUGGCAAGGCUGGCUGAGACACGGUGAGGGCCUAGAGCCCCAGACUCCAGGAGGGCAUGGACUCCACCUCAGGGGCCCUGCCAGAUGGUGUGAGCACCACCUGGCUCAGUGCAAAGCUGCAGCUGCCUCCUGCCCCGGGCUGUGGUGCAGAUGGUCAGGCCAGGUGGGCAGCCCGGUGCCCCUGAGAGCAAAUGCACAGCGAGGCCUAUGUCGCUGCUCAGGAAGCUGCAUGCCCACUAGGAAGUGGGUCCCCAGGAGCAUCCAGGGCCCAGGCCUUUCCUUCUUAAUCUUCAUUUGGUAAAAAGGUGAUACAAAAAUGUGUUCUUUGUUCUCUGUAUGGUGAGCAAGCGCUGCCUUUGUGGCUUCUGGAGUCACCUUCAUGGAGCACAGGUACCUCUGAGGAAGGAUCAUUUCUUAAAAGGUGUGAGCAGCUGGGCCCCCCAACCCCACUGGAGGAUUGAGGUCCCCUGGGCUGGUGCCUCCCUGCCCCUGAAACCCUGGCAAGCCCUGUGCCACACGGGACCUGGCUGGGGGCCUACUGCACACCAGGGGCCCGUGUGGAGGCCACCCACCCCAACAGGACUGGGGUGGCCAUCAUGGCCAUACACGUGUCUGGCUGUUGAUCCCGAGUUAUCAGACAUCUUCAGGAGCUGUGAGGCCAUCCUGAUGGACAGCCUUGGCCACACAUCAGCCCCAUUCAGGAGUCACAACCUCGCCACGGACCACAUCUUUCUCAGGGUGAAAGAAUGCCUGCUUUUGAGGGGUGAAUGCCUUUGUUUUUAGGGACCAAUGACUGUGGCUCAUAUCUUCCGCAGCCGCGGCCCCUGCUAUGCCAUUGGCUGGUCUCAGGUCUGAGACCCCAGUCAUGUGGUCUCAUUGCCUGGUGUCCCUGUGGUACAUGGUGGGCUCCAUCCACGCCACUGUCUCGGGCCUGGCUGGGCAGCACUGUGGCUGGCAGUAGCUGGCUGUGGGAAUCUGGGCUCCUGCCUCACUUGGAUGCGGUUUUUGGUCGGAGGUCAGUGCCACUCUGUUGGUGGCAACUGGGGCCUGCCCAAAGUGGGUGCUUGCUUGUAGGGGCCCUGGGAGGCAGCCACCUUCUCCACUGCCUGGUGACUGUGCUCCGGCUGCCCAUUCCCUGGGUCCCUGAGCCUGGGGAUGCCAGGAAAGCGUCUUGGGCCUCGGUCUCUGCUGCCUAUUGUCAGCCAAGGAUUCUGGGUGAGCAUCCCUGUCGACCUACGGAAGCCUUGCUCCCUGGAGAUCUGCAGGACAGCACCUCCUGGCUGGGGGCACACAGCAGCUCAAGGAAGCGGGAUCCAGGUGUGAAUGUUUGAUGCUAUGGAGCCAUCUGAGCGAAGCCUCUGCAUGUGGCCGUGGCCGUGGAGAGCCCAGGCUGCAUCUGCUGUCGGCUCAGGCCAGGGCCCCCGUGUAUGGAGAACCAUGCGGACUGCAGCCCCAGCCAGGGCCCUGCAGGCAGACCUCAUCCCAGUCAUCGGGGCAUGUGUGCCCACCCUCCAUCAUGAUGCCCUCAGGCUGUGGGUCUGACUGGAGGGAGUGGGCCUGCAGCGGGCGACUUCUUCAUGCAAUGCACAUCAUGAAUGGAGAGUCUUGGUGUUUGCAGAGCCUGCACCCUCCACGUCUUCACAUAUCUGGCCUCGUGGUGCUCACGUGGUGGCAGUUUGUCUGGGUCUGUUUUAGGGUCAGAAUGCUCGGAACCUAGAGACCUGUUCUGCUCAGUCCUACAGACUCUGACGCCAGACUCGAGGGUCCACCUCAGUGAUUGUGCUCCUCCCAGGACAUGCGUGGGACCGGGGACCAGCUGCAGGCUCCCCAGCACAGGCCUGCAGUCAGCUGCCCCGGGACAGUCACAGUCCUGCACACACUCGCCCUCCUCCCUGUCUGCCUCGCUGUCUGGAUGUCCCGGCAGAUACCGUGUCUCCGGCUCCUGUUCUGCACGACACUUGGGUUCCUAUCACACCUGCGACAGUUCCCGUACUCCCUGAAAUCAGGGUUCCUGGAAUUCCCCAGAAUGCUGGAACUGGUCUCCACCAGUGUCCCUCCUGUUUGCUGGCCCUCCCAUCCAGAUGCUGCCUUUAUUUGGAGAUUGGGUCCAGUACAGACAGCCUCUUUGUGUUCUGGGCCCCAGCACCUUGGCCUUGCUCCACAAACAUGUUCUCUCAGGAUGCCCAGGAUUCUCACAUAGGCUCGGGCCCCCAUGACUCCAAAUCCACCUGACACCCCAUCCAGAGAACGAGAGCGGGCGGCCAGGAGCAGUGAACCAUAGCCCCGGUCUGCUCCGAGGAUUCUCAAGGGGUGGUCCCAACGCUGGGAGCCACAGAGCAGUCCUCCCGCCCACCAUCACGCCAUACUAACGUGGACUCCAUUUCCUGGGCAUUGUGUUCCCAGGAGACCAGGGCUUAGUGUGGCAGGUCUGCUGCUGCUCAGUCCCACCUGUGCGGCUGACAGGCGGCUCGCCCCAACACCCCUGAACACUUGCAGUACCCUCCUUUCCUGAGGGCCCUGCCCCCUGGCAUCCCAGAAGCACUGCGGUUCCCUCCCAGCUGCCCAGCCCCAGGCAGCUCCAGGAUGCCAGCGGGCCGUGGCUGACAGGUCUUCCCACCCGUGGAAGGAAUGGCACAGGGCGUGUCAUGGAUGAAAAGGGCCGUCAUCCCUCCGGCCACUUUGCUUUUCCUGCGUUUCCCCAGUUUCCCUGGGGUUGGGCCUCUGAUACGGGUUUUCUGCCUGCAUCUGGGGAAUCUCCAUAUGGGUCUAUUGCAUUUUAAACAGGUCCUGGGACUCUGCUGGAGUGGUUCCCUGGCUGGGAGCCACUGGGAACUGCGUGCGCCUGGGGUCCUGGCAGAUGGGAGCCCCUCCUGCUCGUCUUGUGGGCUACAUGCCUCCCAGGGCUGUCUGCAGCUGUGCCACCACUGUGGUAACGGUAGGCUCUGCAGGACCCCUGACCCCUGUCGGCUCUGCCACCAAAGGCCGUCCCUGGCCCCCAGGGUCCCCUGGCCAUGCCACACUGCAGACAGGAGUCCAUGGCCUGCCGUGCCCUUGCUCCGUCUUGCAGCAGGAGCUGCAGAUGGGUCACCCCAGAAGCCGCAGCGGACGGGGAAGCUGGCCUUGCCACCUCACCUGUCCUGAGUGAGCAGCUGGUUGAAGCCCCUGCACUCCUUCCAGGCGGUGGCCUGGGCCACGUUCCUCAUCUUGGCUGUCACCAGCUUUGGCAUCUUCAGCCCCUUCCUGUCACACAACUGGAAAUAACGUUGCCUCUGGUGUAUCCUUUAUGGGGGCGCCUGCUACCUGAAGUGGGAUGGGGCUUUUGCCAGCUCCAGGCCCUCUGCUUGCUGGCCAUGUGAUCCUCUGCUACUCUGUCCUCUGCAUGGAGUCACCAGCGGGAGUGGCCUGACCUGUCCCCCACCCCAGUGCCCUCACUGCACCCCACACACACCCACUAUCACAGCACCCGAAACCCUGCACUUCUCCAUGUGGCUCAUGAGCUUGAGGUGCUGGCAGAGAUGCUCACUGGGGAGCACAGGCCCCUUGCCCACCCUGGGCACAGGGAGAGUGGGCCAGGGGCCUGGGGCAGCAGGGGGCUAUGGCAGGGCAGAAGGCCCCAGGAUAGAAGGACUUGCACAGUGGGUCCCUGUAGCUCUCUAAGAGGUUGCAGAGUGUUCUGCCCAGCACAGGGCAGGUAUGUUGAUAGGGAAGCAUUUCAAGACUACCAUCCCUGGGAGCUGUCGGGCAACCCUUGUGGCUGGUGACCUUUCUCACCUGAGACCUUCCUGGGGGCUGUGUCGGGUGUGUGGGGCCCUAUGUCACACCCACCCCAUCCUGGGUCUGCAGCACUUGACCAGGGGACCCUGGGUCCCCACCAAAGGCCCCCUGACAUUGGUGCCAGGGACAAGCAGGGUCACUGUUGGACCCACAUCCCUGUAGUGGGAAGUAGCUGGUAGCUCCCUUUGCAAGGAUAUGGCCUGCACUACCUGUGUCCCUUCCCGGCCAGGAGUGUGUAAUAGGGGGGUGUGGGUGGAAGGGAGGUGACUGGGCAGGACGCAGGAAGGACCCAGGCCUUCUCUCAGACCUCAGCCAUCUGUCCUGAGCCUACAGCUUUAAAACAGUAGAGGACGGCGUGAUGGCCCAGGUGCAGCCAGCCAGCUACAGCUAGAUUCUGCCCAUCUCGCCCCAUGCCUCAUGCACAGAUGCUGCAGUGUCCUUACAGCCGGCGCUGUGAUGCCCAGUGUGCUUCUGGUGAUGACUUGGGUGCCCACAGCCACCAUUCUAUGACUUUCCCUGAAAGGUCACACAGGAUAUCACCACCCAGUCCUUACGCUGAGACUGACUUGCCCCGCUUUCUGAACAAGUCCUUUGGUAGAUGCAUGGGCCCCUCUGGGACACCACAGGGCCCGUGUGGGGUGAGGUUGCUGUGCCCUGAAGGCCCCCGCCUGUGAUUGUCAGAGGGACCAGGGCAUCUCCCUCACACUAGAUUUUUUUGUGUAGAUGUCUUAAAUAGAAGGAGGACUAUUCAGAUUUUCUGUUUAAUCUUGCGUCUGUUUUUAUAAAUUGUACUUUACCCAAAAAUGUGUUUCAUCUAAAUUGUCAGAUUUCUCGUAAUACAGUUGCUUGUGCCGUGCCCUGUUUUAGUGUCUGUGGGAACACCUGCCGUGGGACCACCCACCGUGGGCCUGCCCACGCCAGGCUAUCACUUUGUUUAUUGAAUCGUUUGCACUGCAAGAUUGUAA